AUGUCACCCUUAGACAGCUGGAAGGGCGCCGACGCCUCCUACCUGCAAAACAUCUAUAGAUUAUGCCACCAACACCCCAGCUUGAAGCUACUUAACACCCUCCCCAUUCUACCUGAGCACUCCUCACGCAUGAAGAUUCUCGAAUUCGGAGACAAAACCAUCGCCGAGCUUGAAAUCUACAAACAUCCCCAACUGGACGCGUACUGGAGCACUGACAAACCACCAACAUGCAAAGGCCGUCUCUACCUCGCGGAGGACAUUUCACUUCCUUGGAUAUCGUUACUGGGAAACCACUUUGACAUCGACCCGCGCUUCUUCGCAGAAUAUCUGAAGCUGGACCUCGACCGGACGCAAAAUUUCCUCGAGGGGUACCACACCAUGCGGCGCCUCCCUUCACUGCAAUCCAUAGCAACCUUCACCACGUUUGUGUACCACGAGAUCCGGACGUUCGAUCGACAUGCGCCCCGGAGGGAAGAAUACGAGAUCCGGACACGGGACAACGUCGCGCGUCUCGUGACGACAGUAGACCACCACUGCGAGCGGGCGACGGGUCUGAUACGCAGAAAUAUGAGCGUGUGGUGGCGCCCCAGCACCAACGCCACCGCCCCCUGGGAGGCCAUCAUCCUCGUCGACCCAGGCGCGUCCAACGCGUUUGGGCUGCGGCGAUGGAGCGAGCUCGACGCGGCAAAAUGGAGCACCACAACGUGCAGCAACACGCCGUAUCUAGACGGCUACCUCGACUUCUCCGCAUGGCCGCCUCCACCACGGGGGAAGCCGGGCGCCGCAGCGCACGCCAGCAUCCUCGACGACAUCGCGUACUACUGGCAGCACGCGUCGCGCGCAGACCUCGCGGCCGCGCUUCUGGACCCCCGCAACGCAUUCAUCUUCGCCCACCGCAUCACGGCAUCCCACUGGAACCUGCAGCUCGAGUACCUGGUCAGCGUGGUCAGUGACCUGGAAAAGGGGAUGCUGAAGUUCGAGCAGAUGGACGCGCACCCGCGCGCCGAGACCAUUGUCAACGAGGUCCGCGCGCUGCGGACGCUGCUGAGCGACGUGAAUUCGUGGCGGCGGAGGGUGUACUUCUACCUGGAGCAGAUGCGGUGGAACAUCGAAGGGCUGUGUGUGCCUGGUGCGGGAGACAGCGUGGGCAGGACUAUCGGCCACGACUCGGCCGUGAGUUUUGGGGAGGAUGAGGGGAAGGAAGGCAGUGGCAGUGGCAGUGGUGUGGCCAUCAAACGGGGACGUUAUACAAGUCCCUCUGCCGCCGCAGCCCUUGCGCAUACCGACUUUGCGCCUCUCCUGACCUCCCUCCGCCUCACGCAGCAGCGCAUCCAGUCACUCCUCCCGGUCGUCAUGGGCGCCUUCUCUCUCCUCGAAGCGCAGCACUCGGUCCUCAAAGCUGACCUCACCAUCCGACUGUCUUCUGUGGCACUCGUCUUCGUGCCCCUGGGCUUCACAUCGAGCCUGCUCAGCAUGAGCGAUAAUUUUCUACCGGGCAAGAGUUUGUUCUGGGUGUUCUGGGUGGUGAGCGUGCCGCUGAUUAUUGGGCUGUUUUGGUGGGCGUACUGGGUGCAAGUGGGGCGGGUGAAGAGGGUGGGAAUGCGAGAGAUGGGAAGGAGGCUCAAGAAGAGGGCAGAGGGGCUGGGGUAG